AUGGAAUAUCGACAUCUGGAACUCGCCAGCCAUCUGUUUGACUCAUGCAUCUUUGACGAGGCUCUCAGCGUGCUCGAGACGGGUCUGCUCCGAACCCCCGUCGAGCUGCCAACGUCCAAAGAAACAGCCAUUCUCAUGACUCUCGCGGCGUAUCCUCUCUCGCACCUAGGAGGGGAGACCGUCAAGACUAUGACGUACAACAGCGUUCAUCGGGGAACACGCGACUGUCAGAAGACGCCUGGAGCACGCGCCACCGCCCUUCUGAGACGCUUGCUGGAGUUCUCCAAGGGAUCGGGACCAGCCCAAGAACGCAUGAAACUUGUGCUACGAUCAUCUCUCAUUGACCAUAUCGAAGAGGAGGGCGAGCAAUCGAACACUACGUCAACACAAGCGAAGGAAACUCGGACAAGCACAUUGGAGCAUAAAGGUUGGGACGAUGUGGCACAGGUACCUGUCGAUCGUUCAAAACACGAAGGAAUGGAUUCGAAUCUGCUGAGAGACAUGGUGCCUCACAAUGAAAAUCUGAAGAAACUCUCUGAUCAUCUACGUCCAUUGUUGUCGUACACAAGAACCUCUUUGUGGUUAUCGCUGUGGACAGUCUAUGGGUACUACUUGGCAUGCAGUGGGUCCCCCAGUGCGCCACAUCUGAGUGCCUGGGCAACCGUUCGACCUCUCUUGCAUGUGAUCCAGGACAUUGUCGAGGCUGACCCUUUCAUUUUGCUCAGUUUCUACGAUUCCCACGGCAGCAUGUCCGAAAUCUGCAACCGAAUCCUACCAGGCAAGGGACGACCCAUCACUCCUCUGUUCAUUGGAGAUGUAGAUUUCGGUCCCAAUUUCGAUCCCGAGACAAUUGACCAUCUUAGGGAGGUUGCAUUUGUGGAGAGUAUGGUCAUACGAGAAAAAUGGGUCGAAAUUCUGCGGAGUAACGUCGAAUUUUUUGGCGCAGAGCCGAAGGCUGAGUGGUACCUGCUCGACAGAUUCACUACCUUUACUGCUACUCAUCAUCAGGUGAUUCCCCAGGUCUACCCCUGUGUCUACCUACCAGAUUACUACACUGUCUUCAUUUUUCAUAAGUACAUCAAACGGUGCACUCAACGGGCAGGACAUGUCGUCAAUGCUGGGCAGUUUUUGGAACGAGUUUCUAAAGGAGAGGAGAAGGAGUUGUACGAUGAUGCUAUGGAUUUACUAGAGGUGGCGUUAAGUGACAGCCCUGAUCGUGGCUUGUUGGAAGGAGGAGCUUCAAAGAUUUACUCUCCAGUGCUUUACGCCUUUUAUGGUCAUGCUCAAUUGUGGGUGAAAUUGGCCCUUCAGAUCGGUUCUGACACUUUUUCGCCAAAAGAUGUCCUGGAGUAUCUUCGGAAGGGGAGGACGACGCGUUUCCAGGUGUUGUCCUCGUACAACGAGAAGAAUGAAAAGGCGCCAGUUCUUUGUAAGCAGGAGGAGGAUGUUCUUACUGCCAUUGUCAAAGCCAAGUUGAUCCUCAAUAAGUAUUUGUGA